AUGGCUGACCAGCUGACUCCUGAACAGAUUGCUGAAUUCAAGGAGGCCUUCUCCGUGUUUGACAAAGAUGGUGACGGUACCAUUACAACUCAAGAACUGGGUACUGUUAUGAAAUCCUUGGGUCAAACCCCAACAGACAAAGAGUUACAGGAAAUGAUCAACGAAGUGGACGCAGAUGGGGAUGGAACAAUUGAUUUCAAUGAAUUCUUGACCAUGAUGGCUAAGAAAAUGAAAGAUACAGACGCAGAAGAAGAAAUCCGUCAAGCCUUCAGGGUCUUCGACAAGGAUGGUGAUGGGACAAUCAGUGCGACUGAACUACGGCAGGUCAUGAAAAACCUCGGGGAGAAAUUAACCGAUGAAGAAAUUGAUGCAAUGAUUAGAGAGGCCGAUGCCGAUGGAGACGGACAAGUCAAUUAUGAGGAGUUUGUCCAGAUGAUGACUACAAAAUGA